AUGGGACGAAGGAAUCUUAAAACAGCGUUAGCUACGAUAGGUCUACUACUAGUGGUUUAUUUCCUCUACACUUCACACGAUGGGCAUGUGUCUUACAAGACAGAGCCAAAUUCAAACAAGUUACAACUUCUACGAGAGCUAGAGGCUAACAAAGAAUGGAAAACCCAAGGUUUCAAUUUCCAACCGAAGUUGAAGCCAACUUUGGAUCAAUCCAGCACUGUCCUUCAACAACUUUACAAAAGUAUUCCUUAUGAUUCCAACACCGACUUCCCCAAGUUCAUAUGGCAAACGUGGAAAGUCGAUUUGCAGGAUGAAACUUUUCCCAAAAGGUAUCGCAAUUUUCAAGCAACAUGGGAUGAGAAAAAUCCAAACUACAAGCAUUUUGUUAUUCCAGAUGAGCAAUGCGACACUCUUGUUCAAGAGCUAUAUUCAGAAGUGCCCGACGUUGCUAAAGCUUAUAAAAUUAUGCCGAAAUCCAUCUUGAAAGCGGAUUUUUUCAGGUACUUGAUAUUGUUUGCUAGGGGAGGUGUAUACACUGAUAUUGACACAGUGGGAUUGAAGCCUGUCGACGAAUGGAGCAGCAAUAAAGAGGAGAUUGCUGGGAAAAUCAACAAUGCGGGGCUAGUAGUUGGAAUUGAGGCUGAUCCAGAUCGACCUGAUUGGGCCGAGUGGUAUGCGCGAAGAAUACAAUUUUGUCAAUGGACGAUUCAGUCGAAACGAGGACACCCCAUGUUGGCUCAGCUUAUUGCCAAGAUCACGGAAAUAACGCUUACGAGAUUGGAAAAGGGCCAGUUGAAAAAAGUGUUGGGAAAGGACGAAGGGGGAGAUAUAAUGAACUGGACUGGGCCAGGCAUAUUUACAGACUAUGUCUUCAAGUAUCUCAAUCAGAUAGUUGAGGUUGAUUGGCGACUUUUCACUGGAAUGGAGCAACCGAUUGUUAUUGACGAUGUGUUGGUGUUACCGAUAACAUCCUUCAGCCCGGAUGUAAAUCAAAUGGGCGCCAAGUCUUCGGGCGAUCCAAUGGCAUUUGCUAAACAUAUGUUUUCCGGUAGCUGGAAGGACGAUGGUAUGCCUGAAAUGGGUUUAUAG